AGGAACCGUCACAGAAAAAGAUAAGUUGUUUGUUUGUUCUUCCUAAUCAUGUAAUUAAUUAUUUCUUCUCAACACUAGUGGUGAAGAUGGAUUACAGCCAUUACGAUUGUCUUCUGAUGGUCGUAGUGUCACAAGGUAAAAAUGGGAAAAGCAUCACGUUCGAUACACACGACGCUGAGGAAGUUUGGACUCGCUUCACACCAGAUAGCUGUUCCCAGCUAAUCGGCAAACCCCAACUUUCUUUCGUUCAAGUUUGUCUUGGAUUUAAAAAUCUGAACGGUCAGCACGACAAGGCAAUUCUGGGGACUCGACAACAAGUGACAGGCCAGAAACUGCUUUAUUCGAUUCCAACAAGUCACUGGCUCAUACAUCGAAAUACGAAAUAUCGUUCGAAACUGAGACUUCCACACUUACCUACAACGCGAAGAUGGACCUAACUGACGCAAAAGCUACUGGGCAACAAAUUCCUACUGCUGUUCAUCCUAAAAACAAGGGACCAUCCCGCAAGAUAUCCAAUCCAGUCGAUCGUGAUUCGCGUGUUUACAACAUGCAACACCGGUGUAGAGGUAAAGCCUACAUUUUCAACCACGAUCUUUUCGACGCAUCGCUGAAACUUUCUCCACGAGUUGGAUCGAAAACGGACGUGUCGAAUCUGGAACGUGCGUUAUCCCAACUAGAUUUCGAGGUGUUGUGUUUCCACAAUUGUGACAUUACUAGUGUCCGCAGGAAUAUCAAGCAAUUGGCAGAGCUAGAUCACACUGACAAUGAUUGCGUCAUGGUCAUCGUGCUGUCACAUGGAACGCAUGGUAUGAUUUAUGCAUUGGAUUCGUACUACCAUUCCGACGAGCUGUGGCUUCCGUUCACGUCGGAUAAAUGUCCGAGUUUGGCAGGAAAGCCAAAACUGUUCUUCAUCCAGGCAUGUCAAGGUAACAAAAAGGAUGCGGGAUUAACUGUGCAGAGCGAUUCUAGUCAAAUGGAUUCAGUUGCUCCUCAAGAAUAUUCCAUCCCAACAAUGGCAGAUUUUAUGAUUGCCUAUUCUACUAUUCCCGGCUACGUGUCUUGGCGCAACACGACAAAUGGCUCAUGGUUCAUUGAAGCUCUUUGUGAAAUACUGAUCACAUAUGGCCGGCAAGAAGAUUUGCUUUCGAUGAUGACAAUGGUUCUACUAAAAGUGGCCACACUGGGAAGAGACUAUUCUCAAAUCCCAUGCGUCGUAAGCCAACUCAUACGUCGCGUCUAUUUCCCGCCCAAACAAUAACAUUUGUAAGUAGUUCUUUAAAAGAACAUGAAUUCCCAUACCAUAGUUCCAACUUAGUCUCACUUUAUGCGAUCUAUUCUAAGGCUAAUUGUAAGGCGUUUCAAUAAGGUCUUCCGGUGUUUAAAAAGUAUAUAUUUACCGCAGCCUGUGUAAUUUACCGUGAUCGUAUUGCUGCAUCAGAAUGCACGCCGUUUAUUACUCGGAAAUAUUCGAAUUUAUACAUGACAUUCUAUUCGUCAGCGUA